AUGGGGUGGGGAGAGACGUCAGCCGAGGACCACUUUUUUCUCUCCCCGAAGGGUCCACCCCAUGGGUGGAGUCUGCCUUUUCUUUCCAGUGUUGGCCGCCUUACAGCGCCUAUAAACUAGUGGCAAUUCCUGCACCCCAGCCUGCUCCCCGUCAGUGUCUGAUUCCUAAGUCCAUGUGUCCAGGGCAUCGGGGAAGGAGACACGUUCCUGAGUCCCGGAUCUUUUUCCCUCCGGAAAUACUCGACUGUGGGUCUUCGCGGUUUUGAGCACAAGCAGCCGCCCACCAUGGACCUGGCCGGGUUGCUGAAGUCUCAGUUCCUGUGCCAUCUCGUCUUCUGCUACGUGUUCAUCGCCUCAGGGCUCAUCGUUAACACCAUCCAGCUCUUCACGCUCCUUCUCUGGCCAAUUAACAAGCAGCUCUACCGGAGGAUCAACUGCCGGCUGUCUUACUGCAUCUCCAGCCAGCUGGUGAUGCUUCUGGAGUGGUGGUCGGGCACGGAGUGCGUCAUCCACACGGACCCCCAGGCCUACCCCAAGUUCGGGAAAGAAAACGCCAUCGUGGUUCUGAACCACAAGUUCGAGAUCGACUUCCUGUGCGGCUGGAGCCUGGCGGAGCGCUUCGGGGUUCUGGGGGGCUCCAAGGUCCUGGCCAAGAAGGAGCUGGCCUACGUCCCCAUCAUCGGCUGGAUGUGGUACUUCACGGAGAUGGUCUUCUGCACACGCAAGUGGGAGCACGACCGCAAGACGGUGGCGAAGGGCCUGCUGCGCCUCCGGGACUACCCCGAGAAGUACUUCUUCCUGAUUCACUGUGAGGGCACUCGGUUCACAGAGAAGAAGCACCAGAUCAGCAUGCAGGUGGCCCAAGCCAAGGGGCUGCCCGGCCUCAAGCACCACCUGCUGCCACGCACGAAAGGCUUCGCCAUCACCGUGAGGGGCUUGCGAGACGUGGUUUCAGCUGUAUAUGACUGUACACUCAAUUUCAGAAACAAUGAAAAUCCAACACUGCUGGGUGUCCUAAAUGGAAAGAAAUACCAUGCAGAUCUGUACGUCAGGCGGAUCCCUCUGGAAGAAGUCCCUGAAGACGGGGACGAGUGUGCGGCCUGGCUCCAUAAGCUGUACCAGGAGAAGGACGCCCUCCAGGAGGAGUACUGCCGGACGGGCACCUUCCCAGGGACGCCCAUGGUGCCCCCGCGGCGGCCCUGGGCGCUCCUGAACUGGCUGUUCUGGGCGUCGCUGCUGCUCUGCCCUUUCGUCCGGUUCCUGGUCAGCAUGGUCAGCAGUGGCUCUUCCCUGACGCUAGCCAGCUUCGUCCUCGUUCUCUUUGUGGCUUCCAUGGGUGUUCGAUGGAUGAUCGGCGUGACAGAAAUUGACAAGGGCUCUGCCUAUGGAGACACCGACAGCAAACAGAAACAGAACGACUGACUCAGGACACGUUCCCAUCCAAAGGGGACCUUGGGGAACCGGGGGACACUGCCUAUCAUCCUCGCUGGGACCCAGUGACACAGCUGGGGGAGCCCUGCUGGGGAGCCGGGAGUUUGGUACCGACGCUGGAUGGAGAAGAAGAUGAGCUUAAAUGUUUCUUCCCCACGUGCUCUCGUGGGGUUCUGUUCCCUUCUCGUGUGUGUGCACGCACGGGCGCGUGUGUGAAAGCUCACGCAGAAGUGAGAAUGACUUGCGGCUGAGGGCGGCUGGGGCGCAGGGGGCGGGGGGGGAUGGGGAACGAGGGGGACUGUUCCCCUUCAUCCUCUGGUGCUGUUUUCUGUAACCCUGACUGCCACAGAGAGAGUGAAAGGCGCUGUGGGGAAAACGACUAAACGAUGCCUCCAAAACAAUUAAAGUGUUUGGCUCCCGGUGUGUGUUUA